GUUGGGUGUUGCGGUGUGGCGGCGCCAGGUCAUCCUCCAUCCCCGUUUGUCCGAGCGACACCAUCCGCAUGACUCGAUGCGUCACUCGGAGCAUGCGCAAGACGCGCAGCUUUUCCCAUCCGACCGCUCUUGCCGCGACAUACUUUGCUGCGACCCAAAAAGUGCCUCGAGUGGCAGCGACAUCGCCUCGACAGGCACGGACCUGUCGCAUCAUAAAGGAAAAGUCCGCGACGGCAAUGCCCUCGACGCCUGUGACGUCACUCCAUGUGCCUUUUUGGUGGGCGACGCCUCCCCCGACAUCGACGGUGGCGUACGUGUCCAUGUCGCCCUGCGACGUGAACCCAUCUUUGACAGUCGAUGACAAUUCCAGUUCCGACGAGUUGUUGUCGACAGCACUGUGGCUCGAAUUCGAUCUUGUCCCUGCCACGGUUAGGCCCAACCUCGCGACGACGUUGCGAUCGGCGCAAGACAAUGCGUUCGUCAAAGUGGCCGCCCUCAAGUCCACACAUGGCACAGGUCACUUUGUUUUUUGCCGCCGGUGGGGGCACAGCAAUCGCACAGGCUCGUACGAGUCGGAAGGGCCGUACUCGGUGGACCGAGUGAUCCGUGCACUUGAAGCACAAGAGUAUUCUGCAUUCCGAUCGGAGCUGGCCCAGAGCCGCGACAACGCCCAGCCGGCGACGCGAUGCUGCGGCAUUUUUGUCUUUCGCGACGGUGGCGCUCUCCUUGUGCUGGUUUAGCACAUGUAUUGAACGAAUCGUUCUUGUAUUCCA